UUGACAAGGUGUGGCAAAUAUUGUUAACCCCGAAACCGGAAGUGGUAGACUAACGCCACCUGGCCUAUUUUACUCCCCGGUCCGAGCUACCCCUAUACCCCAAAUUUCAGAUUCGGGGCAGACCUAGUGUAGCCGCCAACCCCGAACAGACAGACAAACGACAGUCACAAAUAUUAGUAUAGAUUACCGUAGUAACGUAACUUGUUUAUCGAGACUCACGAUCGCAUUUCAAUUGGUUAAAAUCUCUGCCAUCCGACAGUCUAGAGAGUUCGUUAUAAAUGUCUAAAUAAUUAUUUAUAUAACAUUUGAAGCCAAAAUAAAAAUGUGCAAUAGGUAGAUUUAGCGCUUGAAUAAUGCGAACGACCCAUGUGUAUUGGCUGCGGGUUUUAUUAUUUUAUUUUUUUCAAGUUGAAACUAAAAUACCUCUACCUUCUCCGGGCAGUCUAAAUCUUGGCAUAAAACAUUGAAAUUCAGAUAAAAUAGUCUAUGUAGGUGAAUAAAGUAAAUUUAACCAUGUUAGUAUAAGGUCCUUCAUUUAACUCAACUAUGCCAUAUGGACGUGUUCUUUGUUAUAUUAAUCAAUCCAGAAACUCCCCCGUUGAUAUAUCAAAUUAACACACAGAGAGCACACGUAGAAACACUUCAAACUGGUUUAUGCGAUGGGUAGUAAUUAUUAUUAUUGAAUAGCUGAUCCUUGCAUUAUAAUCAUAACUUGGAGCACCAAACUGCAACCUGUCGUUACACAUGUUUGUGACGUCAUAAUCAUUAUUAUUUUAUUGGACUUGGUGGAUUAAGAUUUACAGCAUAAUUACUUAAAGAUGGAAGAAAAGAAUAUGUCCGCGUAUGGUUAUAGGGACUUGGGUCCCACUGAAAUUCUGGGUUCUUGGAAAACAAUAGUUCGUAACAUAACUAUAAAAAAUAAAGAACAUCUUGCUACUAAAGGAGAUACUUCGGGACAUUGGAGUGGCAUGGAACAAUGGACCAUGGAGGAACUAAAGAAACUCAAGACAUCAUACUAUGGUAAAAGAACAAGAAAUACUGAAGCUGAAGUAUCUACUAAUUAUGAACGGUUGUUUCACAAUGAACCUGGCUACAACAGCAAACUACACAGAGAUGACCGUAAAAAUAUUCUUACUAUUGGUAUUGCUGUGACUGAAGAGGAAGCCAAGAGGCCUGUCCCAGUUUUGGCAUCAUCAGAGUAUGGAAAGCGACUGAAUGCCCCACUGGAACCAUUUUCAAGGGCCAGAACACGAAUAGAUCACAGUGUGAAAGGAUUUUACAGCAGAAGAGGUAUCGGAUUACCACUGAUUACAGAUUAAGCUGUACAUGUAGUUAUUGCAAUGCACUAAACGAUAAAAAGAAAAAUCAUUUGCACUACAUGACCGAUCUGCUCUAAAUACCUAUUGGGUGUUAUAGCACCAAAAUAUUCUGUUUCGCAUUUUUAAAGUAUUUUGAUUUAUAAUUUUCGGUAAUUAAUGUUUCCAUGAUCAAUUGUUUUCCAAUAAAAUCUUUUUGGGGUAUAGGUGUACAGUUUAUUUGGCCUUUUUACGGACAACAGUAA